AUGUCACGGCAGCGUAGGCCUCCUGGUGUCCAUCUCUUUGGACAAUUGACCGAGGGGAGCAAGACAAAGGUGGCCGGGUUGGGGGUAAAGAUGUGGUCGAGAAAUAUGGUAUGGUGGAAGGCUUCUGAUUGGCGUCAGAGGAUUGGCCCGUUUGUCUUCGAGACUAGAGAUAAGCAGAGGAGAUGGCGCGAGGCAAGCCAAAUUACAUGUGCAAGUUCCAGCUAG